GGCAAGAAGGGGAACCGUGGCAGCCCUGGCCCCGGGGGACAGAAGGGCUAUGGUGGUGCCCAGGGUCCGCCCGGAGCCGAGGGCUCGCAGGGAGCAGCUGGCCCAGCCGGCCCCAAAGGAGAGAAGGGGCAGGCAGGAGCCGAGGGCAGGAAGGGGAGUGUGGGACCGCGGGGACCCAAAGGUGCCCUGGGCGCUCGGGGUCUGCCGGGAUACCCCGGGGCUCAGGGCCCCAAGGGCUCGCCGGGCAUUCCCCCCGCCACG